AUGCCUGUGAUCCGCGUGGGAACUGCUUCGCCGGCCACCGGCCCCACCAAGGCCGCGACCCUCCGACACUUGUCCGACCUGGCUCGCCGAGCUGCCGCCCAAUCCAUUGACAUUCUCCUGCUCCCCGAGGCCUACAUUGGCGGCUACCCGCGCGGCACCGCAUUUGGCGCCGUCAUUGGCGAUCGCCCCUAUGAGGGAAGAGAGGAGUUUGCCAGGUACUUUGACCAGGCUGCCGACCUGGGGGACACCGUAGGCGGGGGUGCCGGAGCGGGAGCUAGAUGGGUCAAGAGGGAGCUUGGUGGUGAUGAUGACUUGCCGAGGGGAGAUGGCACGAGGGAGGAGCUGGAGAAAAUUGCCAGCGAGACCGGCGUUUUCAUUGUCACGGGCAUCAUUGAAAAGACGGGCGGCAGCUUAUAUUGCGCUGUAGUGUACGUGUGCCCCAAGGCCGGUAUCAUUGGAAAGCGACGCAAGGUCAUGCCUACCGGCACAGAACGCCUUUGCUGGGCUCAAGGAUCGCCCGCCACCCUAAAGGCCGUCUCAACCGUCAUCCGGGGCCAACGAGUCAAUAUCGGGGCCGCCAUCUGUUGGGAAAACUACAUGCCCUUUGUCCGCCAAGCCCUUUACGAGCAAAACAUCAACUUAUACCUGGCCCCGACUGCAGACGGCCGAGACGCGUGGAUGGGCCUCAUGCGCACAGUCGGCGUCGAGGGGCGGUGCUUCGUUGUGAGCAGCAACAUGGCGGUACGCAAAGACGGCAGCGCUCAGGUUGCAUCGUCGCAGCCAAGCCCUACCCGUUCCCGAGCGAGACGCAGCUCGACAUUUACUGACCAGGGCUUCGAAAUUGCUCUGCCGUCUGUGAGCCCUACCCGUCGCAGGCGCAGAAAGUCUGUGUUUGACGAGGACGGCAACGAAAUCGUUCUUGGGUGUGAUGAAUCAAACGGUGCCGAAAAGAAUGGUACCUCCCCUGGAGCUCAACCCAAGUCAACCGUCGCCACGGCUGACGGAUGGGUGUCCCGCGGCGGGUCGUCGAUUGUCAACCCGUUUGGAGACGUUCUCGCCGGGCCACAGUGGGAAGAUGACGAGGGGCUCAUCUUUGCGGAUAUUGAUCUGAGGGAGUGCAUCCGAGGAAGAUUGGACCUUGAUACGGCAGGGCACUAUUCCCGGAAUGAUUCGUUCAAGUUUACUGUGGCUGGGCUAGACUUGGACCCCUUGCCGUACUAG